AUGUAUCAUCGCUCUGUUUCAAGCCUUGCAUUGAGAGCACCACCGUCCAUACUUCUCAGGUGGAUGACUCAAGCUUGUCUUGCAAGUGGAUCGGGAAAGGAUUGCUCUCAAGAAUUGUAUGGUAGUAAAUUUUUGCAAGUACUUCAACUCGGAAUACCGUACAAUCAUCACAGAAAUUACGGUUCAGCUGCAGCCACUGAAUCAUCAAUAGAUGAUUUAAAACAUGGAGUAUUUAUUCCAGAGACAUAUAUAAAAUAUGACAGCAUCUUUUCCACGUACAACACAAAGCUCAAAGAGGAAUUACCUCCGGAAAAGUUUUUGGAAACUUCGGCAUGGCUUUCAGACUUCUUGAAAAGAAGCAAAGACGACGAGGAAUAUGAUCUGGAAUUUGUGAGAAUUUUAAGGAGGAUUUUGAUUCUCAAAGAAAAAAAGGAUUAUUACGCAAUCAGAAAGGUGUUUCACACACAAUUCCUACCAAUUUUUAGUGAGAAUAAGCACAAAAUUAUGGAAAAGAUGAAAUAUGAAAUAGAAAACAAGAUGAAAAAUAUGCGCCGACUUCCAAGAAUUCACUAUGUCAUAUUUAAUGAAUACCUUAAUGCCCUAUCUAAGAGUCAUCAAAGUAGAAAAAUAUCUGUCACUUUACAGAGAAUGGAGAACCAUAGCCCUUUCCUUCCAACGCCCAUGCACGUUAUAACAGCGUUACAAGGCUUGAUUGAUGAUCCUUCAAAAACAUUUGAAGCUGCAACGCUACUUGAACGUUACAAGAAUCGAUUUAACAACGAAACUGGGCGUUAUGUUCAGGCGUGCCUUUAUGUGCUGCAUGGAUUAGAUCAAAGCGGUUCAUUUAACGAGGCUGUUAGCAAAACUGCUCAGGAUUGCCACAAAUCAAAAGAACUUACCAUGGCUGAGCACUUAAUUCAGAAAUUUUUGAGCAAAAUUGAUGACCCAGGUUUCCCUUUUUUUGCAAGGACAAAGGAAAAGUUAAUUACAGCAAUGAUUGGUUAUUAUGCGGUUAUUGGGGAUAAAGAACAAGUACAUCGCUAUAUGAGCAAGUUAAGCAACUUGGACAGCAAAUUUUACCUUACCAUUUUAAAGCAGUUAUAUUUGAAUGGUAAAUCUUAUGAAACACUAGUGGAAUAUAUCAAGCAAAUACCAUCACAUUUGAGAAAUGAUUACCAUUAUGGCUAUUUAAUCCGAGCAUGUGCAGACCAGCGUGAGUUCAAGAAAGCACGAGAAGCUUUCUAUAAGUCUCCUCGAUCAGGGUCCUCGAUCAAUUUAUAUUCUCAGAUUUAUUUAGAAAAUCAAGGAAAAGAGAGUGUAAUGGAGGCUCUUACAAUAUAUGAUGAAAUGCUCAAACACCAAAGAGAAAACAAAACAUCAAGGCCACCCCAUAACGGCGAAGCAACAUUAUAUUUGAUGAAAAUUUUGGAUCAAGGUGGAUUUAACUCACAACUGGAAACCUUUUUUGAAUCCUUGCACACACCUAGCGUCCCACAUUGGCUGUUGAUGGCUCGAUACUAUGCAAAGCACGGAAAGGUUGACAAGUUGCUGCAAGCAAAGGCAGCUAUUAAGGCAAUUCGCCCUCUCCAAGAAAACAUCAUUUGA